AUGUCUACAAGUCUUUCAAGUCUUGAUUGGAAAGAGCUCAAUGUCGCUUUAUCACAAGGUCCAAGUAUACUUGAUCAUGAGUAUAGCAGAUUACACAGGCAUUACAGAUAUGGUACUGGUAUAGACGCAAUUGACGCUGUUGAUGGAAAUUCUGGUUACAAUAAUAAUCAUUUCAAUGGUGGUAUUGGAUCAUACAGAAAGGAAGAAAUCAAUUGGCCAUUUGAAGAACUUAGAGAUGGAACUUCCGUAUUGUUUAAUUACUUUUAUAGUAUCCCUGAUCAUGAUUCUCAAAAAAAAAGAGUUGAAGCCCUUUUAAAAAUUAUGAAUGAUGAUUAUGAGAGACAUUUACGAGAACGCCAUUGUGUUUAUACAAAAGGUUUAAAAGCACCACAACCACAUAUUGGUAAUAAAUUGAAUUCUACAGAUGAUGUUAAGGGAUUACAAGUCAAUGGAUCACCUGAAUUGAAAAUCACAUGUCCAUAUCAUUCAAAAACUGAUCAUGGAGAAGCAUGUCUUGCAAGUUUUUCGUUUGAUGAAAGGUCAGAAGCUCCAUUUGCAGAGUAUUUUACUCAUUUUUACCAAAGUCAUGUUCUGAAUCAAAAAAAGUCACCAUGGACAAUUUCUUGGAGUGAUAUCAGUAUUAAUACCUUUCAAAAACUAAAUGGAUAUACUGAUGAUAUUGAACAGUUCAAUGCUGAUUUCACGUUAGUUACAGGAUUGAACGCAGCUGAUGCUGGUAUUGGUGAGAAUCCUUUAUUGAACAACUGUCAUUACCCUUGUAAUGUCUCCUUACUCAAAGAAAGACCAACCAAUCCAAGAGCAAGAGAUCCAAUGGAAUUUCUUUCAUUUUUGUGUCCAUUUUGUAUACCAAGUUUUAAAUCUAAAAAUAAAAAAGCUGAUACUUUUUUCGAUGUUUCAAAUGGUGAUUAUGAGAGACAUCUAAGGGAACGUCAUGGCUUUUAUACAAAUGGUAAAAAAGCUCCACAACCAUAUAUUGGUGAUACAUUGAUAUUUAGAGAUGAUGGUAAUGGGUCACCAGUUAAUGAAAAACCUGAAUUGACAAUCACAUGUCCACAUCAUUUAAAAUCCGCUCGUAAACAAUCAUGUCUUGCAAGUUUUUUAUUUAAUAAGGAUUCACAAGCUCCAUUUGCAGAAUAUUUUACUCAUUAUUUUCAAACUCAUAUGUUACAAAAGGAAGAACCAUCAUGGACAUCACGUUAUAGGCCAAGGUAUCUUUCAGGUGUUGAUGAAUCUAAUAAAAAAAUUGAUACUAAUUAUUUCAUUCCAAUUGACCCUAGUUUGCAUGUUAGGGCAUUUGUUCACCAAUUAAAAGACAGAAGACACAAAUGGGUAUUACAGCCAUUCAUUUUACCUCCCUUAGAUGAUGAACGUCUCAUAGAAUCAAAGAAAAGAAUUGAAAAUUUACCAAAAGCUAAAUCUUUGAAUCUAGGUAAAUUCUACGAUUACCAUAAAAUUUACAGCUUGGGAAUGAAUAUUUCAUUACAUAGGGAUAGUGUUAAAUUUACAAUUGAUAAGGGACAAGAAAAGAAACAAGAGAUUACUCAUAUUCAUCUUAAAAAUGGUGAAGUUAAAAGAAGAAAUAGAUCUGUUAGUCUUAGUGAUGAUGUUCAUCGUGUAAAUGGUGAAGUUAGAAGAAGAAAUAGAUCUGUUAGUCUUAGCAAUGAUAUUCAUCGUGUAAAUGGUGAAGUUAGAAGAAGAAAUAGAUCUGUUAGUCUUAGCAAUGAUAUUCAUCGUGUAAAUGGUGAAGUUAAAAAAAAGUAUAAAUCUGUUCAUCCUAACAAUGUGAAAUAUGAAGAUGAAGAUGAAUUUUUUGAUACAAAUUCCACACCUAUUACACCCAAGUCUAAUUCGGCUAAAGAUAAAACAAUUUUGGAACCAGGAAAUGAAGAAGAAUCAGAUUUAGACUUUUUGGUUAAAUUAAGAGUCGAUCGUACGAAGCAAAGAUAUCACUGA